AUGAGUGAUCUCGAACCCGGCGCAUACAUCAUCGUCCCCCGCCACGUGAGCAACAAACGACUUGAUGUCGACGACGUAACUGAUCCAGAUAAUGUCGAAUUGCAGCUCUAUGAGCCACUUACUGAUCGCGAGAAAGCUGAUCAAGUUUUUGUGUUUGCCAAGUGUACUGAGAGCCAGUACUUCAUCAUCAGUAUCAAGAAUGGCACCUAUCUAACGGCCACCAAUGACGGGGAACCAAUCACUGCUACUGUCUCCUCUCCCAUGAAUAAGCGGAUUCGCUGGAGAAUUCACCCCGUUGGCGAUGGCAGCGGAGCUUUCUACAUUUCCAGUGUUGCGUUCCCCGGCAAGGUGAUCGAUGUCGCCGGUGGAGCCACCGACAAUCAUGCUGAAAUUAUCAUCUACGACCACAAGGACGAUGGUUCUGAGAAUCAGCAGUUCUUUUUGACUCACCCUAAUAACGCUUAG